UGUCGCGAGUGUAGCUCGUUAGUAUUGUGACUGUGACUCGCUUAUCUGAGCGUGCUGCUGAGCGUAAUGUAGAGGCGCGGGAGAGGCAAAAGCGUACGGACGCUUUCGAUUCCGUGGGAGAUCUGGUCGGUGAGUGACGGACAGAUGCGUGCGCGACGAAGUACGCUUCAGCGGCUUCGGUGUCUCGCUGAUUUCGAGUAACGAAGUCGUUAAGAGCGCGUGCGGGCAGCAAAUUGUGUGCCUCUUCUUUUCUUAUUUUUUUUUUUCGACAUGGUAGGGAUAUACCGUUAUUCACGAACGUUUCUCCGUUUCGAUGCCUCCCCUAAAGCUACAUAAAUCGACGGUAUACCUGGUAUACCCCGAACGCUAAGCCGAAGAUCGAUUAAAAGAGAAAAACCGGUUCAUGGAAGUUUCCUCGUGGAGAGAGGACAACGCGGAUAACGCAAGCUAAGAAGCUGUCCUGCGGAGCAAGGCGACAGAAAUGAAAAGAAUCUUCGAAAUCAACGUACAGGCACCAAAGAAGCUAUUCCACCUAAGAACACUGUCGAGGAUGGUAGGCAGCGUACCGAGCGGAUGGAUGAGGAAGAUCCUCCUCUUCCUGGUCCUGACGACCGGGGUCCUCCUCAUCGCCAUGUACGCGCACGCUCCGCCGCUUGCUUCUCUCCAACCGUUCUCGUCACGACGACUGAAGGAGUUGCAACGAGGCUUGGUUACUUUCCUGGUCGGUAAUGAAAGCACGAAGAAACCCGAGGAACGGCUCUACGAGUAUCUGGAAGAGCCUAGAACGUUUCAGAGUCCGUGGUCCUGGGCCUGCGUCGCUGGAAGAUGCGAGAGGAGAGCGGUCAGAUCUUCGAGGACCUCCUUGGCCAGUUGUAUCGCCCUCUGCGGCGGAAACACCAGGCUUCUCUGGCCCAGACCGACCGGAAACGUGUUCCUGGGCGAAGAUAGCGUGAUCAUACAUCUGCAGCAAAUCGAAUUCGUCACGGUGAACACCAGCGACCAGGAAACGAAGAAUCUGUUGGAGCACGCCAAGGAUGUUUUCAUCGGUAACAUAAGAAGCCUGAUGAAGGUGCCAAACGCUAAAAGCAGAUCCGGGGUGGACGUCUUCGUCGUCUACCUAUCCGCCGGAAAUGGCAGAGCGAUAGGGCCGAACUUAGACACGGACGAGUCGUAUACCCUGGAGCUGAUGCCUAAGGGGAAGAUUCUCGAAGCUCGAAUAACCGGAAAAAGUUUCUUCGGCGCCAGACACGGUUUGGAAACGCUUGGCCAAAUGAUCUGGUGGGACGAAUCUGCCGGAAGGGAAGGUGCCUUGCGAGUGUUAUCUCGCGCUUCCGUCGAGGACAAGCCAACGUUUCCCUACAGAGGUUUGCUGGUCGAUACGGGAAGACAGUUCUUUCCCAUCGAGCGACUGAAACGCGUGAUCGACGGAAUGGCGGCAUCGAAGUUGAACACUUUCCAUUGGCACCUAUCAGACUCGCAGAGCUUCCCCUUCGAUUCGGCCCAGUUCCCCGAAAUGGCCAGAUGGGGCGCUUAUAGCGGAGAUCAGAUCUAUACGCCCGACGAUGUGAAGGAUCUCGCGGAUUACGCGAGGAUCCGCGGCAUCAGGGUACUCGUCGAGAUCGACUCUCCGGCACAUGCUGGUGCUGGUUGGCAAUGGGGGACGGAGUACGGUUACGGGGAGCUGGCUCUCUGCGUUGAUCAGCAGCCAUGGUCGUCGUAUUGCGGCGAGCCGAAUUGCGGCCAGUUGAAUCCCAUCAACGAGCACACCUAUCGAAUAUUAGAGGGGCUGUACAGGGAGCUUCUGGACCUGACCGAAAUUCGGGACAUCGUGCACCUUGGCGGGGACGAGGUGAACCUGGACUGUUGGGCACAAUACGGAAACAUCACGGCCGCGAUGCAAGCACAGAACAUGACCGAUCAUCAUGCUAUGUGGGCCGAAUUCGAAACGAAGAUGUUGCAAAGGUUGGUGAAGGCCAAUCACGAUGAAACGCCAAAGGCUGUGAUUCUGUGGAGUUCCCCGCUGACAAAGAGGCCUUACAUCACCAUGUACUUCGAUCCAAAGAUUCACGUGAUCCAAUCAUGGGGAGGUAGCAACUGGCCGGAGACACUAGAUCUUCUAGAAGACGGUUUCAGAGUGAUUCUUUCUCACGUGGACACGUGGUAUCUGGAUUGUGGAUUUGGCAAAUGGAGGGAGAUCGGAGAGGCCGCCUGUGGCGAGUAUCGUACCUGGCAAACUGUUUACAAUCAUCGACCUUGGAGAGAUUACGCUCAGCAACAUUUUAGCCUCGUUUUGGGCGGAGAGGCAGCUAUCUGGAGCGAGCAGACCGGCGACGCGUCCUUGGGACCUCGACUAUGGCCCAGGGCAUCUGCUCUCGCUGAAAGAUUAUGGAGCGACAUGCCAACCAACGGCUACUCGACAGACGAAAGCGUGUACACGAGGCUAGCCGCACACAUGGAGCUUCUAACCAGCCGUGGAUUGAAAACAGAAGCCAUGUGGCCGCAGUGGUGUUCCCAGAAUCCCGGCAAAUGUCUCUGACCGUUCGCUAGCCCGAACAUAAUCGCCUUCGCCUGGAAUUGUACGCGUAGACACGAUAAUUGCGUGAAUGGAAGACGUUACACGAGGUGGUUCUACCCGCCACUUUCGCUAGAACACGCCGAGCUUGUAGAUCGUUGCAACAUCACCGUCGAUAGAAGCUCGUUGAUCGUUUUAACCGUGACGAGACCGAGUCUCUCGAAACUAUCGGUUGUUCGAUAACGAUUUUCGUUCUACGAACCGAUCCACGAAGAUGUGGACGACACGUGAGAGACAUAGGACGACCUAGUGCGGAGUACUCGAGAGAGGCAAUCGUCGAGAGUGGAAGAAGACGAUGAAAUUCCUCCUAGAAGUCAAGAAGUCAAAUUGAAAGUCCUUGGUGAUCCCUAGUUGGAGAAUUUAUUUCUACGGAAGAAAGGGAAGGAAGUUUUCGAGCGUUUCACUGGCUUUUUCAUUCUUGCCGGACGUUGAAGGCACAACGACACAAAUGUUCUUGGGUUUCGUUUUUCUCUCUGGUACGAAAAUGAUAUAGGCAGAGUAUUUGAUAUUUGUACGAGACCAUGUACGACAGAUUAUACAGGAAGAUAAAAUGAACAAGGUCAAUUCAAAGAUACACAGAGCGCGAUUUUUUAAUGUUACACGAUGCCUGGUCGUAGCUCGAUGCCAUACUUUUCGUUCGAAGUGCCUUUCCAAUUGUAAUUCUACUCAUUGUUGUACGAUUUCAUGUGUAAACACCGAGCGCGUUCCUAUUGAGAGAUCUCGAUGGCAGGCAUCGAGAUCGUCGCAUCGUCCGCUCGUCUAAUCCUACCACCUCUGAGUGUCUUUUUGAUGCUCCGGAAUUUUUCUAAGAUGCUUUUGAUAUUUCAUUUUUAAUGGAAAUAGUGAAAGCUAUCAAUUCUUAUUUUAGCGAUUUUAAAUGACACGUCUUAUUCAAAGCGUUCUAUAUUGCAAGAUAAUUUAGAAUAUUGGAGGAAUUUUCUAAUAUCAAUUAUCUUAAUUAUUAUACGUAUAUUUUAAUUCUUGUUAAGAACUUAAACGAUAAGCCGAGGAAUUUGUCCAAUAAAAUUUGUACAUACAGAGUGAGUUAUGAGUGAGUAAUCACACUUAUAUAAAUUAGAAAACGCCAUCUCGAUAUAUGUCUAACGUACAUUAGUUUUCGAGUUAUGGAUGGUUGAAAAAGAGUUUGUAAGCUUUCGCUCGUUUAUUCAACCUAUACUAUCUGAUCAACGAAAACUCUCAUUUCCUGUUACUUCUACUAAAAAAUUAAGUACGACAAAAAGUCUAGGCAAAGACAUACCAUCGCAUAAAGCAUAGAAACGGCAUUCAAGGUGGUAAAAUUAGAAAAGACAGUCCAUACACUCGGUAAAGGAGAAAAAAGACGUUCGACAUAAGACACUACCGAUCCUUAUGGCUACUUUCCUCCAUUAAAGGAUUCCUGUGAUCAGGAGACUAGAAAUAUACCAUUAUUUGUCACACGAUAAAGCGAAGCGUGGCCGUUAGAAACGGAAAUCACGGCGCCAAUCCGCAUAGGCUUCCCUCUUUAAACUGCCAGACCUAGGUCCUACAUAGAACAAAAUCCCACAAAUACCAAACCGUAUUCCAAAUGAAGAACAUAGUCGAGUAAUAAAAUGAAUUGUGUAAGAGGAAACGUUCAAGGAAUUCCAUUCUUUGGCAGCAUACGCGUAUCCCUCGAAGCCAAAGAAACCACGAUACUUUGUACGAUAAUUACCUUCCCGUUCGUAACGAGGACCGUGAAGAAGCCCUGUCAGAUUAUUAUAUGUAAAAAAAGUUUCUUGACGAAGAAACAUCGGGAAUCGAGAGAGUCGUUUAACAAUUCUUGAAGAAUUGUCGCGGAUCUGCAAGACCGAGCGUCCAAUCCGUGCUUCGUGUCUUUUCUAAUUAAUCGUAAACACGUUCGGAGGAGUUCGUCUUGAUGUUAACGAGAUACUACCUCCGAGAGAUAUAAAAAUGGCCUAUUGAUGAUGAAUAGCCGUGAAAAUUUGUAAAUAAUACGAUCAUCGUAUUGGAAGUGGCUGAAGAGCAACUAGAUAAUUAAUAGAACGAUAACGGGAGGAAAAAUGAAUCGUAUGUACUUACUAACAACUUAGCGACAUCGAUGGCUGUAACAUAGAAGUGAUUUUAAGCUUGACCCUGCUGGAUCCGGUGCGGAAAAUCAUUCGCUGUGUGUGGCGUCUUGCGUGACGUUUGUUGGGUAUUUUCGAUCAUUUAAAAGAUUUGUAAAGGAUUUUUAAAGGAAGAGAAAUAACUUAGCACGUUGUCUGUAAAAUUGUUUCGAUGUUUGAAAAACGUUAAUGAAGAAACGAUGAAAAUUGCACGCGGAUGAUUCCCCAAGUUGAUCUACGAAGGAAUGCAAUCUGUUGUAAAGUGUGAUUGGUGUAAGUUUAACAUAAAACAAAUUUUGAAUACA